AUGCGUCCCCUCACAGAAGAAGAGACCCAGACCCUCUUCAAGAAACUAGCCGAGUAUACGGGGUCUUCUUUGAAGAAUCUGAUCGCCCCCGUCGACAACUCCCCCAAAGCUGACCGCAUCGUGUUCAGACUAGUCCAAGGCCGCGUAUACGCUGUGAUGCUAUCUCUAGCAAAUUUGGCCACCUCUUUCUCUCGCGAUAAGAUACUAUCUCUUGGUACUUGCCUAGGGAAAUUCACAAAAUCGGGCAAGUUCCGCUUACAUAUAACGGCGCUCCAAAUCCUGGCUCCUCAUGCCAGGCAUAAGAUAUGGAUUCGACCGAACGGCGUAAUGCCCUUCCUCUACGGUGGCAACGUCGUCAAGGCCCACAUCGGCCGCUUCUCCGAGGACUGCCCGGAGCACCAGGGCGUCGUCGUCUAUAGCAUGGACGACGUGCCGCUCGGCUUUGGCGUCACCGCUCGCAGCACUGCCGAGUCUCGGCGGUUGGAUCCCACCGGUGUCGUGUGCUUCCGACAGGCCGAUAACGGAGAGUACCUGCGCGACGAAGAUAAUCUUUUCGCUUCCGGAUGA